UCAUCAAGAGCAUUCGCAAAAAAAUGGAACCAAACAAAGAAUGAAAAGAGCUGUUCGCAAUUUAUCAUGGCAAUUAUUCAGAAAUUUGUGAAAAAAAUGGCCAUGAUUCCAUAACUGAGCUUCUCACUGAGUCCGGUAAAAGUUUGGAAUGCGAUCCGAAAUUGUAUAAACUGUUCAAAGUUCACCACUCAGAUUGUAGUGCAUGAAGUAUUUCUGAAAUUAACGGCCAAUCCGAUCCUGACUUCCAGUUCCUAAACAAUAAAGCUGUUCAUAAUCUAAUAUUUCCGAACAAGUGCGAAGUAUUCAGAAACAAUUCUUCAGAGAUGCUGCUUGACAGGCUCACUGCAGGGAUAAAGGAGAAAGUAUUUGGGAAUAUAUGGAAGACAGAUGUUCAAGCUAAUAAAAGUGCCGAUACCUUAAUCAAGUAUGAAAACUUUCAUACCCUCAAAGAUAUGCAUGGAGAGAAAAGGUAUAUGACAACAUGCAACUUCCAUAUCCUCAUGAACGGGGAGAAUUUAGAAGAGGCAGUUGUUUUAACGAAUAACCGAAAGUCUAGCAAACUUCCUACUGGGAUAGUCCUAUCUGCCUGCCUUUGUCUUGUGUCAAACAAACCUAUCUUCCAGUUCCAAUAAACGCAUGGCUGAAGGUCAUCCUCAAUAGCGAUGUUGAUCUGGCUUUUGAUUUUG